UGUAGAUCUAGAUUUAUAUAAAAACCCUAUAGUCGGUAGGGUGAAAACGUUUCAGCCAGUGUUCAGUGCUGUGAGCCAAGCUGUGAGCCAAGCUGUGAGCCAAGUGGUGAGCCAAGUGGUGAGCCCGGCUGAGGAGAGAGGAAGCACCAUGAGCCAGGGGAACCGUAAACGUAAAGGAGCAAACGACGGCUCGGGCCUGCCGCUCCCACCUCGCUGGCUGCACUGCCCACGGAAAGGGCAAGUUAUCCAAGACAAGUUCCUCCCCUUCAAGACCCCGCUGGACUCCAAGUAUGACGACCAGGUCCCAGAAGAGAACCGCUUCAACCUGGGAAUGUUGUUCAACUUCAUGAAAAUGUCCAGGGUGAGUUCACCAGUGGGUCCGUUCACCAGUUGGUCCUUUCAUCAGUUGGUCCGUUCACCAGUUGGUCCUUUCAUCAGUUGGUCAGUUCACCAGUUGGUUCGUUCACCAGUUGGUCCUUUCAUCAGUUGGUCCGUUCACCAGUUGGUCCGCUCACCAGUUGGUCCGUUCACCAGUUGGUCCGUUCACCGGUGGGUCAGUUCACCAGUUGGUCCGUUCACCAGUUGGUCCGUUCACCGGUGGGUCAGUUCACCAGUUGGUCAGUUCACCAGUUGGUCUGUUCACCAGUUGGUCCGUUCACCAGUUGGUCUGUUCACCAGUUGGUGAGUGAACACGUGGUAU